AUGCGAUGUACUGCUGAAGAAGCAAGAGAGGCGAUUGCACGCAUGCGUGGAGUCGAAGAGAGUUCUUCUCUUGCUUCAGGAUCAGGUGAUCCUUCGCCUGUUGUUGCAAUUCGGCAACAAGCGGUGCCUGUUGUGAAUAGUCCACGUGGUGAGUCAUCACGUGCGACAGAUACAUUCGCCUCGUCUGCAGCGGGUGCUGUGACUCGCAAAGUGGAUAAGCCUGGAAUAGAGCUCAUCUACCAUGGCGAUUCGGAUGAUCCAUACAACUCGAAGGCGACACCUCACGCCUCCGGAUCACCCGGGGCGGACACUGCAAGAGCUAAGUUGACUAGCUCUGGGGAACGUGGCGGCAUCAUGUCCGAGAUUUUCAAACCGAGCGAUUCGUCUGACGAAUCCUUAUCUCACGGAAGUCCAUCCGACGAUAUACUGCGUGGUGAUGGUGGUGAUACCUCUACGCAUCACCACGAGAGAAGCAACUCGAAAGAUCGAGCUGUCACUGCUGUCAUUGCUCAUGCUGACACCACUCAAGCGGCCAGGGACCGAAAUGUACUGCCGUACGCUCCUCAAGUAGCGUCUCCUUGGAUGUCAUCAUACAAAGAGUUAGAUUGUGUGGCCGGUAUGACCACCGAACAGGACCAAAUUCCCUGUUCGAUUGUAGGAGGAUCUGUCCUCUGA